ACCACACGAGUCUUCCAGUAUGGAAUCUCCCUGUGUGGUGACGCUGGAAGGUGUGUGUGAUGAGGAAGUGGUGUGAUGAUCGGCCAUGACUGUCAGUGGUGUGUAGUGAUCGGAGAUCGGAGGGCAUGGCGGAGGGUGGCAGUGCGGUGUCUGCCCUGGAGGCGGCCAUCAUUCAUGGACUCAGACAGCUGAGAGCCCGCUACCUACAGAGAGGGGGGAGAGCGCCGGAGGGGGACCCAACCGGGGACACCGACAGUCCAAUCAGCAGCCUGCCGGUUGACAUGCAGCUGUACAUGUUAUCAUUCCUCACCCCACAAGAUCUGUGCAGUUUUGGAAUGACAAACCGUUACUGGAAUGAAAUGGUACAAGACCGUCUUCUAUGGAAAUACUUCCUGCUGCGAGAUCUUCCCACCUGGUCUUCCAUUGACUGCCACAGCUUACCCGAUGUUACUCUCCUGAACUCCUGCCUGUCUGAAUCCGAGCAGAUGGAUGCCAAUUUUAUGUCCAUCUACUUGAGGAGCUGCCCAAAGACCAGAAAAUCCAUGCGGUCAAAGAACCCCAUUUAUGGAGCAGUGACAUCAUUCCUUCAGUCUCUGGUCAUGCCGGGGGAACCUCGGUUUGCCAUGUUUGGUCCUGGCCUCGAGCAGCUGGAUGAUUCUUUGGUUACACGAAUGAUGACAUCUCCAGAUCUUCUACCUGUGGUCAGCAUACUUCAAAGGCAGAUUAAUGGCAUUGGCUCUGGUGUAACAUUUCAACUAAAUAACCAACAUAAAUUUAACAUCUUAACCCUCUAUUCUACUACACGCACAGAGCGUGACAGGGCGCGAGCAGAGCAAAGUGCAGCAGCCAAUAAGAUGUUCCAGGCAGACGGCCCGCAGGAUAGAAAUCAGAAAACUCUCUACACGCUCAUUCCACAAGUGCAGGAAGUGUGCCGAGUGGUGGAAGGCUUCAUCUAUGUGGCCAAUGCUGAAGCACAUACAAGACACAAUCGUGAUGAAGAAGUACUUCAGAUCAGGACAAUGAUGGAUCCAAACCUGGGGCCUCAGCGGAGACCUUUGCUGGUUCUGGCUUGUGUCACCAACCCCGGGGACAAGAGGAUUCCCUGUGUGUACCUGGCCCAUGAAUUGUGUUUGAGCAACCUGAACCGGCCAUGGAUGGUGCAGAAUACAGAAGCUUCUACUUUGUCUGGACUAUUGGAAGGCAUUGAAUGGAUUCUCGGUGAAGCUGGGAAGAAAUUAUAAACAUGAAUUUUUAUCUGACAACACAUGUGAUUAUUUUAAUGUGUUUUUUUUUUUUUUUUUUAUUAAUUUUAAGAACAGAUCUGUAGUUUGCGAUAACUUGUACUGUAGGUGGAAAUGUGGAGAGACUGGUCUGCCUGGGCGGACAAAUGCACUGAAAUAAAAUAACAGGUUAGUCCGAUUUCAGAGCACUUUAACCACUUAACCCCCGGACCAUAUUGCUGCCAAAAGACCAGAGCACUUUUUGCGAUUCGGCACUG